AGGAAGUGUACGACUUAAGCGGCUGGUAAAAUUUUUUCCCCCCAAGAAGCUCAGAGUUAAUCAAAAACAUAAAACAACACAAACAUUUCUCAGGCAUAUUUAGCAAACCCGGUGAGACGAGGAACUGUUUAGCGCCAGGCGUUGUGUUGCUCCGGGUCUUAAAUUAAGGUUACACAUGGUUGUUUACACCGGAAAUGCAGAGCUGAAGACGUUGCAAGUAGCGUUUUUAAACCGAGCGGACACGUUUUGGGGUUUAAGUCUUUAAAUAAAUUUGUAAUUUUAAGUCAGUCGAUGUAUUUUAGGUAGUUUCUCGUAUAAAACACAAUGUUUAGGCACAUGUCAUAGUUUAGGAUGCUGGUUGGAUACAGCAGCAGCAGCUCGGAUGAGGAGGAGGAGGGAGAGGCUAGCGAUGAAGCAGCAGUAGCAGCUGAUCACAAUAAAAGUUGCUCUCGAAAGUGGAAAGAGAAAGACGAUGAUUUUCCAGUGAGGAAGAAACUCAAAACGGACGAGAAGGUUCCUAAAACAAGACUUCCCCUCCCUGGCUGCUUGACGUCCAUGUUUCCAGAUGAAGUCGACGAGGAGACCGAAGACAGCUCCCUCCACGGCGGACGCAUCCGAUCCUUCAAGCACGAGAGAGGAAACUGGGCCACCUACGUUUAUGUGCAGUACCAACCCGAGGAGGAGUUCGGGGAGUUGUUGGAGGAGCUUCUCUCGGCUGCAGAGGCCCGAGGUGUGGUCCUGACCCCGCAGGAGGAGUUUCACCUCAGCCUGUCUCAGACGGUGGUGCUGAGACACCACUGGAUCCAGCCCUUCACACAAAGCCUCAAGACAAGCCUGGGUCGCUGCAGGAGGUUUGAGUGCACUGCAGCGAGACUGAAGCUCUACUGUAACGCUGAGAGGACGAGGACGUUCCUCGGGAUGGAAGUGGCUACUGGGCACGCUCAGCUGUUGGACCUGGUUGGAGUUAUUGACAGGACGAUGACAGAGUUUCGUCUGGAAACCUUCUAUAAGGAUCCAUCCUUCCACGUGAGUCUGGCCUGGUGUGUUGGAGAUGUGACGGAGCAGAUGAAGGAGUGUUUACAGGAGCUGCAGAGUCUAGUGGACGAGCACGAAGAGGGACCAUUUCUGUUGCGGUUGGACUGCACAGAGCUGCGUUGCCGGACAGGAAACAAGGUUUUCCGCUUCCCCCUAGAGCCAUAAAAACCAGAUCGACUACAGCAGCUACUCUUUAACAACAGCCGAGGUGUCCCAGAAAAAAAAAACAAACAAACAAUGAAAUAAAUGUUAUUUUUUUACAUAUUUAAUACUGUAUAAAUAAAGAUGUUAAUGGUUUUAUA